AUGGAAGACCAAUGCCAUAUUCUCCCUUUUUUUAUUCCUGAAACCUCUAAGGUAAAAAUAGAGUAUGUGGACUUAAGCGGAGACGUUUCUACCAUAAGAGGGAUAUUCUGUGUCAAGAAGAAGCUGGACACAGAUAUCAAUGUACACAUUUGCAACAAAAUUGUCAAAGACCCAAUAUUUUACUGGGUCCCAGCAAACUCAGAAUCUGUGCUUGAAAAAGGGCUUGAGCUGGUGAGGAAAGGACUGGGAUUUCCUUUGAAAGGCGAUCAAGGGCCCCCCAGCAAAACAAUCACGAAGAAGAACAACAAGGGUGUUAAAUUAUGA